GCUGGAGAAGACAAAAAAGGUAGAGAAGGAAAAAGAGCUUUUGGAUGUAUUCCGAAAGGUGGAAAUUAACAUCCCUUUACUGGAUGCAAUCAAGCAGAUACCUAAAUAUGCUAAAUUUCUCAAGGAUCUGUGCACCCAUAAGAGGAAACUGAGAGGGGACGAGAGAGUAGCGGUGGGAGAGAAUGUGUCAGCAAUGCUCCAAAGGAAGCUCCCCCCCAAGUGUGGAGAUCCAGGUAUGUUCACGAUCCCCUGUAAGAUAGGGAAUACACCGAUUAGGAAAGCAAUGUUAGAUUUAGGGGCGUCAAUCAAUGUGAUGCCCAAGACUAUUUUUGCUUCUCUAAAUCUUGGGCCACUUAAAGAAACAGCCAUCAUAAUCCAACUAGCUGACCGCACAAAUGCAUAUCCAGAGGGGCUAGUUGAGGAUGUCUUGGUUCAGGUAAAUGAAUUGGUUUUUCCUGCAGAUUUUUAUAUCUUGGACAUGGGAGAUGAGAAAUCAUUAAGCCCACCACCUAUCUUGUUAGGUAGACCAUUUCUUAGCACUGCCAGGACUAAGAUAGAUGUGAAUGAGGGUACUUUGUCAAUGGAAUUUGAUGGUGAAACUGUGAAUUUCAAUAUUUUUGAGGCGAUGAAGUACCCAGAAGAAUCUAACUCGGUCUUUGCUUUGAGUGUUAUUGAGCCUUUUGUGCAGGAAAUUUUCGAAUUAGAUGGCGAAGACGCUUUGGAAGUGGCUCUGGCCAAGCACUUGGAGUUGGGUGUAACUCAUAAUGUGGACCUAAGGGGAGAUUUGCUCCAUGCUGUGGAAGCCUUACACUCACUUCCACCCAUAUCCCCAAGGUAUGAGCUUACUUCUCUUUUUGUGCCAGAGACUCAAACGAAACUGCUUCCUUCAGUUGUGCAGGCACCAGAUUUAGAAUUAAAGCCUCUGCCAAAGCAUCUUAAGUACGCAUUCUUAGGAGAUCGGGAGACACUGCCGGUAAUCAUCUCUGCGCACCUGUCUCCAAGUCAAGAAGACAAACUAGUGCGGGUCCUGAGGGAGCAUAAGGAGGCAAUUGGGUGGAGUAUAGCAGAUAUCAAGGGAAUAAGUCCAUCCUUAUGUAUGCACCGAAUUCGACUCGAGGAAGAUGCGAAGCCGGUAAGACAGGCUCAAAGGAGGUUGAACCCCCUGAUGAUGGAAGUUGUGAAAAAGGAGAUACUAAAGCUUCUAGAGGUGGGGAUCAUUUUUGCUAUCUCGGAUAGCCCAUGGGUGAGUCCUGUCCAGGUAGUCCCGAAAAAGGCGGGAGUGACCGUUGAGGAGAACCAGGAGGGUGAUAUGGUCCCGGUCAGGAAAGCAACUGGCUGGCGCCAGUGCAUCGACUACAGGAAGCUAAAUGCCGUUACUUUCAGAUCGCGAUUGCACCAGAAGACCAGGAGAAGACCACCUUCACAUGCCCAUUUGGCACGUUUGCCUACCGCCGGAUGCCUUUCGGACUCUGCAAUGCUCCAGCGACCUUUCAAAGGUGCAUGGUUUUUACAGGAGAUUUAUCAAAGACUUUUCGAAGAUCGGAGCACCCCUGUUCAAACUACUGCAGAAGACGUGCCGUUUGAUUUCACAAGUGAAUGUAAGGUGGCGUUUGAUAAAUUGAAGGAGUCACUGACAUCGCCGCCUGUCAUUCAACCGCCAGAUUGGAGCCUUCCGUUUGAAAUCAUGUGCGACGCGAGUGACUAUGCCGUGGGGGCUGUGUUGGGACAAAGAAUUGGGAGAGCGGCACACGCGAUCUACUACGCAUCGAGAGCCUUAAGUGGAGCCCAACUUAAUUACUCCACGACGGAGAAGGAAUUACUAGCUGUUGUUUUUGCACUAGAGAAAUUUAGGUCAUAUUUAUUGGGUGCAAAAGUAAUUGUUUUCUCUGACCAUGCAGCCUUGAGGUACCUGUUGGCGAAAAAGGAUGCCAAACCGCGGCUCAUUAGAUGGAUCCUGCUCCUGCAGGAGUUCGACUUAGAAAUUAAGGAUAAGAGUGGAGCCGAGAAUUUGGUGGCUGACCAUUUGAGCCGGUUGCUCACGAAUCAAGAAGAUCUACCGUUGAGGGAGUCAUUCCCUGAGGAGCAACUCCUGGCCAUUGAUUCGUCGGCACCAUGGUAUGCCGAUAUUGUAAAUUUCUUGGUAGCAAGUCAAUUACCUACAGGUUGGUCAAAAGCUAGAAGGGAUAAGCUAAAGAGUGAUGCCAAACAUUACCUUUGGGAUGACCCAUACCUAUGGAGGCAAUGUUCAGACCAGGUGAUAAGAAGGUGUGUAAGUGCAGGUGAGUUUCACUCUAUUUUAGCUUUCUGCCAUUCAUUUGCAUGUGGUGGGCAUUUUGGUCCAAAGCGGACGGCUCGUAAAGUGUUAGAAAGUGGUUUUUAUUGGCCUACUCUGUUUAAGGAUGCAUAUCUGUUUUGCAAAUCUUGUGAUAAGUGUCAAAGGGUGGGGAAUAUUUCUCGAAGAGACCAAAUGAGUCAAACCCCCAUAUUAUUUGUUGAGAUUUUUGAUGUCUGGGGUAUAGAUUUCAUGGGUCCAUUCCCCUCGUCCUUUGGUUUCUUGUACAUUAUACUUGCUGUUGACUAUGUUUCCAAAUGGGUGGAGGCAAAAGCCACCCGGACUAAUGAUUCUAGAGUGGUUGCAGAUUUUAUAAGAUCUAACAUUUUCGUCCGUUUUGGAAUGCCAAGAGCUAUAGUGAGUGACAGGGGCACCCAUUUCUGUAAUAAGACGAUCACUGCUUUGUUUCGUAAGUAUGGUGUGCUCCACAAAGUUUCCACUCCCUACCAUCCCCAAACGAAUGGUCAAGCCGAAGUAUCAAACAGGGAAGUUAAGUCGAUCCUGGAGAAGAUGGUGAGGCCUGAUCGGAAGGAUUGGAGUGUGAAAUUGGAAGAUGCUCUCUGGGCCUACCGCACUGCGUAUAAGACGCCGAUUGGGAUGUCCCCAUACAGGUUAGUUUUUGGUAAGCCUUGCCACCUCCCGGUGGAAUAUGAACACAAAGCAUUUUGGGCACUUAAGCGGUGUAACAUGGAUCUCAUGGAGGCUGGAGGACACAGAAAGCUCCAAUUACAAGAGUUGGAAGAGCUAAGGAAUGAAGCCUAUGAGAAUUCCGUAAUUUAUAAGGAGAAAAGCAAAGUUUUCCAUGAUCAACAAGUUUCGAGAAAGUCGUUUGUCGUAGGGCAAAAAGUCUUACUUUAUCAUUCAAGACUUAAGCUUUUUCUUGUGGAAAUACAAAGUCUUAAGACGGAGAAAAGAUUCGUAGUCAAUGGUCACCGUCUAAAACCUUAUUACGAAGGGUUUAAUAAUGAGCAAAUGGAGUUUUAUCUUAAUGUUUUGACUGUUUUUGUGGUGUUGGACAGAGGAGUAGAGGUUCCAAGGCGUGCCCACGCCUUGAUGGAAAUUCGUUUGGAAAUCAUUUAG